UGGAAUUGAGCUGGAAGAUUCUGAAACGCGCAAGUGAACUCAGCCACCACUCGUUGCUUCAACUUACUUAUAGCAUCCUGCUUGUAUAAAUGUUGGCAAUACCAGUUUACUCUCCUUGAAGGUUUUUUCUUCUUCUUUUUCAAUUGAUACGAGGUUUCGGUGAGAUGCUGGAGGGACGAGCUGUAGUGCGCGAGGCAGACAUGGCAGAAGCGAUGCGUAGCCAUGUAAUGGACUUAGCCUACCAAGCUCUGGACCUCCAUGAAUCCGCCGAUUUUCAGGCCAUUGCUCAUCAUAUCAAGCAGAAAUUUGAUGAAGCUUACGGUUCGUCGUGGCACUGUGUGGUCGGGAAGGACUUUGGGUCAUGCAUCACUCAUUUAUGCGGGUGCUUCAUAUUCUUCCACAUCGAUGCCAUGGAGUUUCUCAUCUUCAAGGACGGCAAGGACUUCACCGAAAGCAAGGAAGAGGCGGUUGGAGCCCUGCAAAGGAGCACAAGCAGUUCUUGAACUUUCUAUAUUCUCAUCUCAGGUCGAUUCUCUUUCUUUGCCCCCACUAAUAGUGCAAUCAGACAUGACGUUAACUAUAAUAUUCGUCAAAUCUGUCUGGCAUCUUCCAGGCAAGACGAGUGGGUUUAAUAUUA